AUGGAGUUGGCCAACAGGACCGGAGUAGAGGAAUUUAUUUUGAUGGGAUUUGGUGUUGGGAGAAAGGAACGAUUCCUGCUCCUCGUCUUCUUCACCAUUCUUUACGUGUUGACGAUGGCUGAGAACCUCACCAUCAUCAUCCUGGUGGUGGUUGACACCCACCUGGCCCGGCUCCCCAUGUACAUCCUGCUGAGCAACUUCUCCUGGCUGGAGAUGUGUUACGUGAGCGCCACGGUGCCCCGCAUGCUCUUCGACCUGGCGUCCCCUCAUGGGACCAUCUCCUUCCAUUCCUGCUUCCUUCAGUUCUAUGUCUUCUUUUCUCUCGGCAACACCGAAUGCUUAUUCCUCUCCGCCAUGGCCUUGGAUCGGUACUUGGCCAUCUGCCACCCUCUGAGAUACCCAAAAAUCAUGUCCCAGGACUUCUGCUAUGUCCUGGUGGCCACUUGUUGGGCCAUUGGUUUCCUGUGGCACCUUCUCCCAGUGGUUUUGAUCUCCAAGUUGUCCUUCUGCGGCCCCAACAUCAUUGACCACUUUUUAUGUGAUCCUGUGCCGAUUCUAUCUCAGGCCUGCCCUCCACUAGGAAUUGCCCCCAAUGUGUACAAGAUUUUUAUGAAUGCUGUUGUUAUUGGAAACGUCUCCUUUGUUGUGCUGUCCUACAGUGUUGUGACUUCCACCCUGCUGAAAGCCUCGAACCAAGGCAAUCGUAGGAAGGCCUUCUCCACCAUAUCUUUACACUUAGUGGUGGUGACACUUUUCUACGGGUCUGUGGCAGAGAUGUACUUAACUCCAGGUGGAGAAAGUCAGGCAGAGGUCAAAAAGGCAGUAACACUUUUCUACACUGCUGUUACGCCUUUUCUCAACCCCAUGAUUUACUGUCUGAGGAAUGAUCAGGUGAAAGAGGCACUGGGCAGACUGCUAAAGAAAAAGGAGAGAUUGCUGAGGAGAAUGGUGACAGUGUAA